AUGACUGCUCUCGCCUUACCUGCACGCCAGCCGUUUGCCAGUCUGGACACUCCAACGAUGCAACCUCUCAUGCGAUCCAGACUCAGCCGGCAAAAUGUGCAAAAUGGCAUUGCUCUUUCCGCAAAGAACUCGAUCUUCAUGGACGAAGACUCCGAGAACAUCGAUCCUUCCUCAAAAAGCUUCUCCGCCAAGCGCAAGCGCGCUCUCGAUGAUGACGAGAUCUCCAAGGGCUCCCCGAAGCCCCUGAAGACUUCUCGUAUUGCCCUGACCACCCGCGAUCCCAAAGCUUCUGUCCGAAGUCUGUCGACGUCAACCCCAGUGAAGACGCUUCCCUCCACACCCAAAUCCGCUCCCGUGCCCAGGCCAGCUGGCCGCACCCCUCCCAGAACCAGCAAGACCCUCGGUCGCCGGUCCGCCAUUGCCAAGCUCCGACCAGAGUCUGCUAAGCGCAGCGUUGCCCCCGCCUUAGCACCGCCUCCAAAGCCCCAACCCAAGGCCAAGGCCUCGUGGUUCUUUGAUAUCUACGUCGAUUCCGAACAAGAAGAAAUGACCAAUCUGCUCCAACACUCCACCGGCGUCCUGGAUAUCAGUGACGAUGAGGGUAAAGGUUCCCCAGCUGACAGCCGCGGAAAGGAGAACGUGCCUCCUGCCGAGCUAGGGAUUGAUCUUCCCCACUCUGCCCAAGCUACCUCCCUCGCUGCGCCUGUUGUGGCUCGCAAGGCCCCGAAGAUGGAAGAGGAUCGUGCGCCGCUUGGCGAACUCGAUGCCGCGGACUACUAUCCGGAAGGCUGCAAUGCCUUCUCGGUUGCCCUUGUCCAUGAAGAUGAGCAUGAGAGUGUCCCCUUCAAGAAGGCCUCCGGUCUUACCCCUUUUUCCGCUUCUACCUUUGUCCCUCCCGCCAUCACUACUUCCAUUGCUUCUAUGCUGGAGGCUUCUAUGACUCCCAAGUCCCCUGAGGAGCCAUCCUCCAAAGAAUCCACCUCCGACGCCAUGGAAGCUUCUGAGGAAGCCCUUGAUUCCAAGUUCAACUAG